GUUGUCAGGUGGAGCCGGAGUCCUCGCGGCAGGCGAAGGUCCAGAGCCCCCGACCCCUCCCAGCCAUCCCGCGGGCGGGCGGCGCCCGCGUCCUGCCAAGGCCCCUCAACUUUACCUGGAGCCAGGGCAACAGUAGCCGCUGCCGGGGACUCGGCGGCAGUGGGGAACCCGGACCAGGGGGAGAGGACUUCCAGGAGACAAAGGCGCUGCCCGGGUGCCGUGGGCGUGGGCUGUCGCCUGUGGGGUCUUUGUGCGGACACGUGCAUUUCACGGUUGUGGGUCUUUGUGGAUUUGGGUUCGGGGACGUGCAACCGCCUGUGCCUUUGUGUGUCGCUGACUUUGCAUGGCUGUUUUGCGCCUGUGCCCACGUUUUGUGGACUCGCGUUUGGUUGUGGCUGCCGGUGGGCUCGCCGUUGUGUGUCCGCGUACGUGGUCUGUGCCUGUCGACGUGUCUGGGUUGGGUGUCGGUGGAGUGUGUGCGCUCUGAGAGCCAGACGCCGCCCUGACUCCUCGUUCCCCCGCUGACCACCCGCCCCCCGACUUGGCUUCAAACUUUUCUCGGGUUCCUCGGGAAACUACCCCGGACCCCGCUGCCGCAGCCCGGCGGGAACAGGGGUGGGAGAUCUCUGGCAGCCCGCCCCUCUUUCACCUCCUAAGGUCCUUAGGGCCGCGAGAGGAUGGGAUAGGAUUGGCGAGUGGUGGGGAAUCGGCAGCGCCUGAGGACUGGCCGGGGCCAGGACUGGGCGGAGCGUGCCGGACACCCGCACCGGACCCUGCUGGGAGGAGGGAGGGGAGCAGUUGGUCCUGGUCUCUGGCCUGAGUCUGGAGAGAGGAGGGAAGGCGCCUGGCGUUGCCUGCCCCGUGCUUCUUAGAAAGAGUGUGUGACCGACAGAGACCUGUCUGCUUGGUGGAGAGAUCGGCUCCAGCCCCCGGCUCCGCUUUGAGAUCCGCUCUGCGUUUGCAGCCAGCCCUCGGGGUGAGGGGACCAGCCCUCCGAUUCGCUCCCACCAUGCCGUGGCUGCUGCCGCUGCCUCUGCUGCUAUUGCUAGCUGUGAGUAGAGCCCAGACGACGCGGCCAUGCUUCCCUGGGUGCCAGUGUGAGGUGGAGACCUUUGGCUUGUUCGACAGCUUCAGCCUGACUCGAGUGGACUGCAGUGGUCUGGGCCCCCACAUCAUGCCCGUGCCCAUCCCUCUGGACACAGCCCACCUGGACCUGUCCUCCAACCGGCUGGAGAUGGUGAACGAGUCGGUAUUGGCCGGGCCAGGCUACACUACGCUGGCUGGUCUGGACCUCAGCCACAACCUGCUCACCAGCAUCUCACCCACUGCCUUCUCCCGCCUCCGCUACCUGGAAUCGCUUGACCUCAGCCACAAUGGCCUGGCAGCCCUGCCAGCUGAGAGCUUCACCAGCUCCCCGCUGAGUGACGUGAACCUUAGCCACAACCAGCUCCGGGAGGUCUCCAUAUCUGCCUUCACCACACACAACCAGGGCCGCGCGCUGCACGUGGACCUCUCCCACAACCUCAUCCACCGCCUGCUCCCCCAUCCGCCUCGUGCCAGCCUGCCCAUGCCCACCAUCCAGAGCCUGAACCUGGCCUGGAACCGGCUCCGUGCGGUGCCCAGUCUCCGAGACCUGCCCCUGCGCUACCUGAGCCUGGAUGGGAACCCUCUAGCUGCCAUUGGCCCGGGUGCCUUUGCAGGGCUGGCAGGCCUUACACACUUGUCACUAGCCAGCCUGCAGGGUCUCCCCCAGCUGGUGCCCCACAGCUUCCAUGAGCUACCAGGCCUACAGGUCCUGGACCUGUCAGGCAACCCCAAGCUCACGUGGGCAGGAGCUGAGGUGUUCUCGGGCCUGGGCUCGUUGCAGGAACUGGACCUGUCGGGCACGGGCCUGGUGCCUCUGCCAGAAGUGCUGCUCCGCCACCUCCCAGCACUGCAGAGCGUAAGCGUGGGCCAGGACACGAGGUGCCGGCGUCUGGUGCGGGAGGGCGCCUACCCACGGCAGCCUGGCUCUAGCCCCAAGGUGGCACUGCACUGCGGAGACACCCGGGAAUCUGCAGCCAGGGGCCCAGACAUCUUGUGACAAAUGGCAUGGCCUGGGGCCACAUGACAGACUGCUGCCCUGGGCUUGCUCGGGUCCCAAGUAACUUAUAUUUUAAUGUGCCAGUGUCGGCGGGGAGUCUGCAGGCCCAUGUGCUGGCAUCACUGCAGAGCUGCGGCCUAGAAGGGGCUUUGCUCCUGGGAGGAGAACCCAGGAAUAAAGUGUCCCUAUAUCUCUCUUUCCCCCUCCCCAAAACCACGAGCAGAGGGACUUGGAUGCCAAACCAGACUCUGGUUGCUUCCUGCUGUCCUCCACACUCGUUCCCCAAGUGCCUUCCCUCUUGCCUGGGCUGACCUGACCCGUGAUAGGAGGAGGGUGGGUAGGAGCUACUGCUGCAGGAGACUCAGGUCCACCGGGCUGUGUCCCUUGGGCCCACAGUCCAGUCACUCAGGGGCAGGAGUGUCUGUUGAUAUCCCCCUUCUUUGGUCUGGGUUCAUGAGGUUCACCUCACCACUUUUUUUUUCAUAGAAUCCUGGGUAGAACCUUAAUUACAGGAGGGACUGGAGAGAAAAAUCAAGUCCAUCCUCUUCAUAGAGCAGAGGAGAAAAUGAGGCCUGGAUGGGGAAACAUCCUAAUCUGAAAUCCUGCAGGGGCAGAGGCUUGACCAGAGCCCAGCUCAGGUCCUCUGCACUUACCUGUCUUCACAAGGUCUUCUCCUCCAUCUUCCCUUCCUGGGCUCCCCUUGCUGUUGCCUGUUCCAUUUCCCCUUCAUCCCCAGCAGCAGCAGUAGCAAGACAGGUGAGGGCCUCAGAGAUGGGACUCUGGGUCCAGCGAUCGUUCAUCUGGUGUAAGCAAAGUCAGUUCCCCUUCAGAGCCUCUGGAAGCCUGCCAGUUUCUCACUGUGGGAUGGGGGCCUCAGUAUCAAGACUGGAAUGAAUCCAUAUUUUCUUGAGACCCUUGCCUCUAGAUGCUUCCCCAAGUUGUCAAUGCAAUUCUGGAGUCCCAUCUGGCCAUGAGCUCCAAGAGGCCUCCUAGAUUCAGUCCCCAUGGGUCUGAACCCAAGAGUCCCUCCUACCCUCCCAGGAAUACAGCAGAAAGAGGCAGGGUCUCCCCACCCACAUUUAAGCUCCACCCCCAGGGCAGCAUCUCAGCAUCCCAACCCUGGGCUCUUUCCUUUGUCUUCAUUUUAUAAAAGUACUGCCUUUUUUAAUGGACUGUCACUUUCACACACACACAUACACACACAUACACACACACACACACACACAUACCUCUGCUGGCAGGGGAUGGAAACAUGUCAUUUGUAAAAGAAGAAAAAUGUUUGUUCACUUUUGUAAUACUGUAUCCUGGGCACAUGUUGGAGGUGUUGAGUAGAAGCCAGCCAUCAGUGGCCGUGUGAGCAUCGGGGCUGGUCUCACGGAGAUGCCCACAGGGCAGCAAGAGCUCUGGCUUUCCCCACCAGCCCAACCCAGCACCCGACUAGUCUGUGAUUUAAUAAGCACUAUAAAGAGUUCUUUUCCUCAUGCA